AAACCUUUAUCGUGCUGAUGGGGGGGGGACUGAAGUGGAACACAACAAACCAGCAGACAACAGACAUUUUUGGUAGUAAGUAUUUAAAUCUUAAAAAUUUACUGAACUUAAAUAUUUAAAUAAAAUUUCCUAUUUGCAAAUAUUCUCAAGAAAAAUCGACAAACUCUAAACUGAAGCUACGUUGAACUGGAAAACGUUAAAAAAUAUUAUCACAAGUAUAAUUAUGGUCAAGUUACUUUAAGUGCCUUCACAUCUUUAAGAGAUGGAACAACAGGACAAUAACAGAACUAAUAAGUAAAUAAAUGAAAAAUAUAACUAUUUUGUCCAAAGUUGCAAACAAUAUAUAUAAAUACAGCUUUGCACAAUGUAAAGUUCACAAAAAGACUUAACUUUAUUAUUUUUGUAAUCUUAUUUCGAGAAUAAUACAAAAUAUGCAGUACAUACAGUGUUGUUAUUUUAAUCAGGUUGUAAUUUCCUUAGUGGGACAAGUUAUUAUCAUGUUUGACCAGUAGAUGUCAGGCUUUCUCCAGCUCAGGCUGCUCAGUGCGCAGAGGAAACACUGCAGGCAUCACGAAAGGAUACUUUUCAAAAUAAGAGCCUGCACCAAUAGAUUGGCUUGUUGCAACAAAGUGUCUCAUUUGAAACGGACGAGGCUUUUAUUUUUUGGGGGAACGUGUUUUUACCGGAAGCCAAAUUUGGCACUUCCAUGCGUAACUUGAUGCAUCUUUACAUGACAACGUUGAGAGGCUGGUCCCCGCGUCACACACUGGUCACAUACACCAUCACCUGAGUGUGUGUGUGUAUUUUACUGCAUGAGCGGCUACGCACUUGGACGCUGACACAUCCAGAGACACAAACACAUCCAGAGACACGAUGUGACACCCAGCCGCGCGUAAUUUACGCAUUUGGAGAGCAGUGCGCACUGUACACCCGCCGUUGCACCGCGGUGAUCUGGCUGUUUGGGGGACGCCUGAUGCUGCUGGGGUGAGAGUCCAGGGAUGCUGCGGCUCGUCUGGCUGCCGGAGUGCCGCCGCGCAACGUGGGGCUGCGCCCUCCGGAGCUGCUGAACGGCGGAGGCGCGGAUCGUUUUUGCUGCGAACAUGAUUUGACUCAUCAACAGGGGAAUCUCCCGCUAUGCAUCACUCAGGGGACGUCUGAGCGUCUCCUGCGGUGGUAUCGCUCGCUGCUGGUGGGAGUGCGUGGUCUUCCUCUCUCCCAGCCUGCAAGAUGGGGAAUAGUUUCUCCAAUUUGGCUGCAUUCCAGUCCCUGCACAUAGUCAUGCUCGGGCUGGACUCCGCAGGUAAAACCACUGUGCUGUACCGGCUGAAAUUCAACGAGUUCGUCAACACGGUGCCCACCAUCGGCUUCAACACGGAGAGGAUCCGGCUGGGUGGCGCGGGGGCCUCCAGGGGCAUCAGCUGCCACUUCUGGGACGUCGGGGGCCAGGAGAAGCUGCGGCCCCUGUGGAAGCCCUAUAGCCGCUGCACGGACGGCAUCGUGUACGUGGUGGACUCUGUGGACGCCGAGAGGCUUGAGGAGGCCCGGACUGAGCUGCACAAGAUCACCAGGUUCUCGGAGAACCAGGGGACCCCGCUGCUGGUCAUCGCCAACAAGCAGGACCUGCCCCGGGCGCUGGAUGUCGGGGAGAUCGAGAGGCAGCUGGCCCUGGGCGAGCUGAGUCCCUCCACCCCGUACCACGUCCAGCCGGCCUGCGCCAUCAUAGGAGAGGGUCUGGACGAGGGCAUGGACAAACUGUAUGAGAUGAUAGUGAAGAGGAGGAAGUCACUGAAGCAGAAGAAGAAGAGGCAGUGAUAACGGAUGAUUGAUUGGGUGGCAAAAAAAUACCAGAUUAAUCUUUACUAUAGAAAUAUUCUAGGAUGGAUUCUAAUGAUAUUUUUAAAGUGAUAGAAUACGUAGCAGAUAAUAAAAAAAAACAUGAAGCAUAAAUAUCAUUGUUAUGACUUGCAGAAACAUUGCAAGUCUCCAUGAAUGAUGGCAAUAUAUAUAUAUACAGUGAUGCCACACGCAGUAUAAACUCAUCCACAUCCAUAUGCUCCUGUAGGAACGUUAGAGAGGGACACAGCUCAGAUAAAACGCCUGACAUCUUUGACUUUAUUUGCAGUAAGCAAGCAGAUGAUCUUAUGAUGUAAACUCUCAAAAUUAUCAGAACAAAUCCAUGGGAAGAUAGUGAUGUUUGCCUUGAUUGACGACUGUUUGGAGCUCCUGUAGAGGGAGGUGGUGUCUCUAUGAACUGUGGUAAGUCCCUGACAUGGGGGAUAGUAAUAUGAUUGCUUCAUUAGGGGGGGGCCUGCAUUAGAGCAGAGAUGUGGUACACAGAGUGCAGACCUACUGGCAGGGCUCCCUGUUGCUGCUGCUGGUGCUGGUGUGAGCCGUGCACAGAUGUGUUGUUAAUGGGAUUAGGGACGCACUGGUGCACAGGCUGGUGUUCAGAGCCGUGGGAUGGUGUUACGCCGAAGACGACUCCCCUGGGAAGACACACAAACUGCUCUGUCUCCUCCGUCCUCCAGGGUUUGGUAGUUUACUGCCCCUCCCUGCCACUUUGAGGUGAAAAUAUAAAUCAAGAUGUGAACGAAUAAGACUGUAGCCGUAAAUCUUCUUGAAAGUGAUUAGCAAAAUGGCAGGGUUUUGAAUCUUACCUCGUGACUUUUCAGGCUGUGUGUCUUAUCCCAGAGAGGCCCUCUUUGAUCCCCCCCCCCCCCCCCCCCCCCCUCCUUGAGCUCUUCAGCUCUGUGAACAGCUGAUUCUGUCUUUACACAACACAGCAGAUGUCUGCCUCGGACUAUCUUGACCAUUUUAUCCCUGCUUCCUCUGAUUCUUUGCACUUUCUCAUGGUUCUCCUCCUGAUUUACAGCGAGAUUGUCCGGCUGUUCGUGUGGUGAUGCUGCUUUUCUUCCAUGAAAAAUAAGCAGUUGCCAUUUGUUAGUUUCCAGUGGGGUAUAUUUGCUACAGAAAGUCCUACAAAUAAUCUCCGACGGCACCAAUUUGAUGUCAAAUACUUGCACAUAAACCACUUUCAUGGCCAGAACAAAGAUAACAUGUGAACAAUAGCUUGUCUUGUUUUAUAGAACAGGUUCUUUAGUUUAAAGAGUAAAUCUAAAUGUAGCGUGAAUGUUUCAAGUUGAGGCUGUAAUACUCUUUAUUUAAAUUUAAGGGGAAGUCCCUACGCUCUUCUGACCAGUUGAUCAUUAAGAUUAACGAUUAAUCGACUGAUUGUUUCAGUCCUAGUUUCUUCUCCCUUUUCCCCCACGUGUCUGAUUUCACUGUUUAUAUCAUCCGCCAUCUCAAAAAGGAAAUUAUUUCAAAUAUAAAUUUAGAUAAAAUGAAAAGGUCAGAAUUUAAAUUGUGAGUCAGCUGUUUGUCAGAGUUGUCGAGAACGUGUUGUGCGUGCACCCCCGCACUGUGUCGACCUGCUGGCGGUGACAUGACGGCGACAAGGGGGGAAAAGUGUCUUCCAGUAAUGAAGAUGUAGUGAAACCAACCAACAGGCUGGAACCUGUUCAGCUGCUUCUAGACAAUGACCGUUUCUCUUAUGGACAAAACCUUAUCCUCAACUUGUCCUCCAGUUAAAUGAUGAACCGAAACCUAGUGUAUGUACGUGAGGUUCAAAUUUAUCCCCUGACCACAACAGUGUUAGCAUCCAGCCGUAACUGAUUUAAGGAAGUGUUUAAGGCGUAAGUGACUGCUUGCAGAAAAGUUUGUAUGAAGUCACUGACAACAGCAGUUGGUGUCUGUAGUCUUAAGGAUUGUUGAAUGUCUCAAACAAAACAUAAAACAAGACAAAUGCUGCAGCUUCAUGUCCAUAAAUAAUACAACAAAUAAUUCUAAGCCACACACUGCAGCAUGUUGCUCGAUUUUCACUCAGAUGAUUUGUGUAUUGCUGAACUUCCGACAUCGUACCUAUACCUGCCACCAGGGGGCAGUCAUGAAUGGGUUUUCUUUGCAGUCACUAUGUAAUGUUUGCGGCACAAAUGCGACGUGGACGUGGCAAAUCCUCCUGUCGAGCUGUGAUCCGACAUUGCAUGACAGCCACAAUUUCAGACAAUGUAAAUUAUACAGUGUAGUGUUACAGCCAAGAUACAGCAAGACCAAACAAUGUGUUACAUGCCAAAAGGGGGAGGAAAAAAAAGUAUUUUUGGGAUUAAACUCUUUGUAAUUGA